UGUUCACAGAGAGACUUUGUUGUUAAAGCGGAUUGUUCAACGGCGACAUGAUGAGCAACAUUGUUGCUGCAGCUGACACACGGGGACGUGAGACCGGCCGGCGAUGAGGGACGCGUGUGACCUGAGAGCGACGCGGACACGCAGCUGUGACUUUAACUCCACGUCUUCCUGUCUGGAGGCUGAUCGGCUCAGCUAAGCGUCAAGGAACCCCAGUUGAAGACAGAGUUGUGUGUUGGUCCUCUCUCAGCCCUCCUGACAGUGCAGCUGUAUAUUUACAGGUGCAGCUCAGAUAUGACUAAGAGAAGCCCGUCUCUUCAGCUUGUCAAAAGGAUGCUGAACCAUCACUGCAGAAGGAACCCUGAGCUUCAUGAGGAGCUGCAGAUCCAGGCUGCAGUGGCAGCAGGGGAUGUCUGCACGGUCAGGAGAAUGCUGGAGCAAGGAUACUCGCCUAAGAUCCGCGACGCCAACGGCUGGACGCUGCUCCACUUCUCUGCUGCCAAAGGAAAGGAGAGAUGUGUUCGAGUCUUUCUCGAGCAUGGAGCUGACCCCACAGUGAAGGACUUUAUCGGUGGCUUCACUGCACUCCACUACGCUGCUAUGCAUGGCAGAGCACGCAUCGCCCGACUGAUGCUGGAAUCCGAGUUUCGCAGUGACAUCAUAAAUGCAAAAAGCAAUGACGGCUGGACGCCACUGCACGUGGCGGCCCAUUACGGCCGAGACUCAUUUGUACGCCUCCUCCUCGAGUUCAGGGCCGAGGUGGACCCCCUGAGUGACAAAGGGACCACACCACUACAGUUGGCCAUCAUCCGGGAGCGCUCCAGUUGUGUGCGGAUCCUCCUGGACCACAGUGCCAACAUUGACAUUCAGAACGGCUUCCUGUUGCGAUACGCCGUCAUCAAAGGAAAUCACUCGUACUGCCGCAUGUUCCUGCAACGGGGAGCGGACACUAAUCUGGGACGCCUCGAAGACGGCCAGACGCCCCUGCACCUGUCCGCCCUCAGGGACGACGUGUUGUGUGCCCAGAUGCUGUACACGUACGGGGCCGAUGCCAACACCAGGAACUACGAGGGCCAGACACCAGUCGCUGUAUCUGUAAGCAUGUCUGGGAUCAGCCGGCCCUGUCUGGACUUCCUCCAGGAAGCCACCAGACAACCUCGGUCUCUUCAAGACUUGUGUCGUAUAAAGAUCCGUCACUGCAUCGGCCUUCAGAGCUUGAAGCUGUUGGAAGAUCUACCAAUUGCAAAGGUUAUGAAAGACUAUUUAAAACACAAGUUUGACAAUGUGUGAAAGGCGGCGGCACUAGAAGAGGAGAGGCAGACUUUAAAAACUCUGCUAUCAUUUCUAAAGACUAUGCAAUCACUGUCCUCCUCGUCUGGAAGAAAAAUGUCCACAGGUCUGUCUAGCUUGGGCGUCCAGUUCAAGAGUUCUCUGCCGCUGUUCUCCCCGUUAGCCUUUUUUACGGUAGGAACAGUAGAAUGGACGUGGAUCCGUCUCAUGAAAGCAAUGGUUAUGGUUUUUGUGGCAAAAAGAAGCUAGCAGUUAGCAUUAUUACAAUUUAUGUCGUCACUAUAAACAUGGGCAUGGUGCAUACUUGCCAAGUCUUCUUUUUUUUACUGAGUUAUUGGAAGCUAAACUCAAAUUACUGCAGUAAAUGAUUUUCUUUCAGACUCAAAAUCAACAUUGUGUUGAGCUACUUGGAUAUUUAUAGCUUUGAAAAAAAACAACACUUGAGAAGGUACACUCCUGAUUUAGUUUCAUCACCCAAUAGUGAGAUCAAUUUUGGUUGUUUUGUCUUUGUUUUUUUUUUGGUUUUUUUUUCCAUUUAAUUUAAUGCCUGUUGUUGUUAUUUAUUCUUUAUUACGUUCAUCCGUUUGGAAAAUUGUUCAUAAAGACUUAAAAUAAAUUAUUACUUUUCUUAAAUUCCCCCCCCAAAAAAAAGCCCUGGUUCCAAACCUCUGAAUUUACCGCCCACGUCUCCAAUUGGUUCAAUGAUUUAGCGUACUGGUGUUUUAUGUCCAAUUGACAGUCAUUUCCAACAGCUGGCCAAUCAGAGCUAGCGAGAUAUGUCCAAAGAAACAGCAGUGUUACGUUUUGCAAUAGAGAGAGAAAAAAAAAAAGUCAUUUAAAAAGCUCAAGGUGGCUGGGAAAUGUAGGCAGGCAGCCCGUCCAGUUAUUUAAUUACAGCCGAAUGAAACGCUCAGACAGACUUCAAAGACUACAACUUCUUAAUAAAGCUUUUGAUUUAUUAAAUUGCUGGGAGAAUUAAAUGAGAAUUCCUUACAAUGAAACAAAAAUGAUUUUUUUGAAAAAGGACUACUAACCACCCUAUCUUUAAUCUGUGUCUGGCUCUUAAAUUCUAAAAUGAGAGUUGAUCUGUAAUAGUUCCCUGCCCAGCAUGACAUUAAUAUGUCACAUCAGAUUGAAUGAGGUGAAGAUAAAUUAGUUCACUGCUGAUUCGUUGGAAUUGAACUGCUCUCUGGAAUAUCGACAGUAAGCCGGGGGGGGGGGGACGUUUUGAGGUUUGGAGCUACGAUUGUGCGCUGUAACAAAAUCAGAGUGUAUCUUUUCUAAAACGACACACAGCAUUAGAUCUACUCAAACAAGUAUUUUUUUUUUUCUUCUCUGAUAUGGAAGAAUAACUUGCCCAGAUACAUUUGUAUUUCAUAACAACAAACAAGAAUAUAACAUGCAGUAAAUUAUCUGAAAUUAUUUUUGGAAUUUAAGUUUGACGGUUUCGAAAAAUAAUAAUUUGAUACUACCAAUUGACUAUAAAUCAAUCCAUGCCGACACUAUGUGUUGGACAUUUGAGUUUGGAGUGAAUUCACUGUGAUAGAACUCUGUUCUGGAAGCACCACGUUGACUCAGUUGUUGAUGGAAUCAUGAAUGAUACGGAAGGUUUUGGAUAACACUGACACAAUCGCCACAAGCUACAGUCAAUGUAAAUAUAUUACAUGUACAACAGAUAUUUUUGUAGAAUUUAUUUAAGCAAUGAUCUCUGGUAUUCUUAAUGUAUUUAAAGUUUGGAAAGUAUUGUGAUCUGUUUGGUGUGAUUCAAGUAUUUUUUAAUUUUGUGUGUGUCUGAGUUAAAGAACUCUGUUGUACGAGAAUCAUUUGGAAUCGACAUGAGGAUCUUUAUGGCAGACAUGUUGGGUGCUCUCUUAAAAUUCAUCAUCUCUUGCAGGUAACUCUGUUGUGGAGAUUAUACUGUGAAUUUUUUUUUUUUCAUUUUGACAAUUCAAAAUAAAAUGUAGGAUUUGGGAUCAAAAUGAUCCCCAUGCCACAGGAAAUAUAUAUAUUUUUUAAUGUGUCUCUGCAUGUGUUUUAAAAAAAAAAAACCCGUCGUGAUAUUUGUGGCGCCUAAACUUUGUUUUUCUAAAAAUGUUGUAUUCACACAAUGUUCACCUGCAAAAAAGUACGAUUUUAAUAUCAUCAGUUUCAUUUUCAAUGUUUGGAUUUGUCUGCAGCUUUGGAUCAUGACACAUGCAAACUGUGCUGUAUGCAGGUAAACUGAGAUUAACACUUGAAUACGUUCAAACAACACUACUAAAUGGCCAGUUUGUGGCUCCUAUGGGAAGCUGGGAAGUGAGUUUUCAGGGGCCGCGUCCAUCAAAAAGUCUGCCUUUUUAAAAAAGUGAGUACAGAGUGACGGGACCAGUCCUAUUUUAAAGGCUCCUCCAAAACCAUUGUGUACAUCUCUGAGGCCUAACAAACCAUCAAGUGCAUUUCCUCCAAGGCUGAGCAAAAUAUCAAUAUAUCAAUAUAGUGAUAUGAGACUAGUUAAUAUCUUAGAUUUUUUGGAUAUGGUGUAAUAUGACAUAAAAUGGUAUGAUAUUGCAGAUUAAAUACUUUGACUUUAUGAGACCAUCUCACACGACGUGACAUACGAUGAACCCGUAAGAUCGCUGUUUAUCGGGGGCCUUAAUCCAUUGAACGCUGCAUUGAUAUUUGUUUAUUGGAGCCCUUGGAGUUUGGUCUUUUUUUUUUUUUUUUUGGUGACCACUUUGUAUUUUUUCGAGUUAAGUGUGUCCAGUUUAAACAUGAUGAUCAAAUCAUUACAGAUUUGGUAGAUAAUAUAUAUAUAUAUAUAUAUAUA